AUGUCUAAGAUCAAAGAGAUCGACGAGAAACAACAGCCAGGCGAUGUGUCAGGCACAGAGGUUGACGAGACAAGCUCGCUCGACACGAUCACAGCUCUCGUGGCUGAAGGUACGGCGACGCCUCUCCGAAACAGACUGAUUUUGGGUCUUUUCGAUUCUAACGGUGCUUAUCUAGAUCACGAACAUGAAAUCAAGCUGCGAACCAUGUCAUGGCAGAAAACCGCCGUUCUGUUGGCCGGCGACCAGGUCUGCCUGGCUAUCAUGGCGCAAUCCUGGUCUCUAUCAGUCCUCGGAUGGGUUCCCGGUAUAAUUACCAUGGUCCUCGCCGGUGUUUUGUUCUGGAUUACUUCUAUCACCAUGCACAAGUAUAUCAUGAAGCACCCGCAAAUCAAGGAUAUCUGUGAUUUCGGAUACUACGUGUUCGGGCAAAGCAAGGGAGCCUACGUCUUCUCGGCCUUCAUGCUUCUCGCCAACAAUAUUCUGCUGAUCGGAUUCCACGUUCUCACCGGAGCCAAGGUCUUGAAUACUCUAUCGGGCCACACGCUAUGCACAGCUGUCUUCUCCGUCAUUGCGACUAUCAUGGGCAUUAUCAUGUCCGCACCACGGACUCUACACCAUGUUAGCUUCAUGUCAAUGUUUUCCUCUGCAUGCAUGGGAAUCGCCAUUCUUCUCUUCCUCAUCUUUGCCGGAAUUGAAAAAGCCCCGUUGUACGGGUACAACGGCGACUAUCCCACCGAUGGGCCCGUUAAGACCUACGCCUUCCCACUACCCGGCACGACCUGGGUCAACUGCAUGAAUGCCGUGCUGAACAUCACCUUCCUAUGGGUCCCACAAAUCCUCUUUCCAACCUUCAUCGCUGAAAUGGAACGCCCGCAGGACUUCCCCAAGGCCCUCGCCGUUCUCGCAGGUAUCUCGGCCAUCCUAUUCAUCGUACCCCCGGCGAUUGGCUUCAGGUAUUUGGGACAGUACUCCACGGCGCCUGCUUUUGGCAGUCUCGGUGUGACCGCAUAUAAGAAGGCUUCAUUCGGCUUUGUCAUCGUGCCUACGCUCAUCAUCGGCGUGAUAUACGCCAAUGUCACAGCCAAAUUCAUAUAUAGCCAAGUCCUGGGUAAAUCCAGACAUGCUCACAGCAACACCGUUAUCGGAUGGGGCGUUUGGGGUCUGAUUAUGAUUGGUAUCUGGUUGAUUGCCUUCAUCUUCUCCGAGGUUGUCCCCAGCAUGGGUGAUUUCCUCUCCCUGCUCAGCGCAGCUUUCGAUUCGUUCUUUGGAUUCAUUUUCUUCGCUGUCGCUUAUUGGCAGCUUAACCGGGGACAAUUGUUCGCCGGUUUGACCAGAACGACUAUGACGCUUGUUAAUGUCUUUAUUAUGAUCGUUGGACUUUUUAUCCUUGGACCGGGCCUGUAUGCCGCGGUGGAGGCUAUCAUUGCCGAUUACUCAGGGGCUACGACGCCUGCGUUUACAUGUGCUAAUAUGGCUAUUUAA